AUGCCUACAUGGUGGGGAAAAUCAUCAUCAAAAGAAACUAGGAAGAAAGCAGGUAAGGAAAGUAUUAUUGACACAUUGCACCGGAAAUUUAAAUUUCCAUCUGACGGUAAAUUAAGCACUAGAUCUGGAGGAUCUCGUAGACGAAGCAAUGACACAAUUUCAGAGAAAGGGGAUCUAUCUCCAUCCGGAUCAAGAUCUCCUUCACCUUCCAAAGUAGCAAGGUGUCAAAGUUUUGCUGAAAGGCCUCAUGCUCAACCACUUCCACUUCCUGGUCUACACCCUUCAAGUGUAGGUCGAGUGGAUUCUGAAAUUAGUAUAUCAGCAAAAUCAAGACUGGAAAAGUCCUCCAAGUCAUCAUUGUUUCUUCCACUUCCGAAACCUGGAUGCAUACGCUGCGGGACAAAUCCUGCAGAUUUGGAUGGAGAUAUGGUCAACCCUUCAGUCUUCAGUGAUUGCUCUGCUGAUAGUGAUGAGCCAGCAGACUCACGCAAUCGUAGUCCUCUGGCAACUGACUCCGAAACUGGGACUAGAACUGCUGCUGGCAGUCCUUCCAGCUUGAUGCUCAAGGAUCAAUCGCCUGCUGUUGCCCAACUGAAUUCGAGAGAAGUAAAAACACCGACAAACAUUCUAAGUAAUCAUACAUCUUCUACUUCACCUAAGCGAAGGCCUUUACGACACCAUGUUCCAAAUCUUCAGGUUCCUCCUCAUGGUGUCUUCUACAGUGGUCCCGACAGUUCCUUGUCAAGUCCAUCAAGAAGCCCGUUGAGGGCAUUUGGUACAGAUCAGGUGUUGAAUUCUGCAUUUUGGGCUGGAAAGCCAUAUCCAGAGAUCAAUUUCGUCGGAUCUGGCCACUGCUCUAGUCCAGGUUCUGGUCACAACUCGGGGCAUAAUUCAAUGGGAGGGGACAUGUCGGGACCAUUAUUUUGGCAACCAAGUAGGGGUAGCCCUGAGUAUUCUCCGGUACCUAGUCCUAGAAUGACUAGCCCUGGUCCAAGCUCAAGAAUUCAGAGUGGAGCAGUCACACCUAUUCAUCCUAGAGCAGUGGGAACACCGACUGACUCACAAACAGGAUGGGUUGAUGAGGGAAAACAACAGAGUCAUCGUUUGCCUCUCCCUCCUUUAACAGUUACCAAUAUCUCGCCAUUCUCUCAUUCUAAUUCUGCAGCAACAUCUCCAUCUAUGCCAAGAAGUCCAGCUAGAGCAGAUAGUCCAAUGAGCUCUGGUUCACGUUGGAAAAAAGGGAAGCUGCUUGGCAGAGGCACGUUUGGACAUGUCUAUAUUGGCUUCAAUAGUGAAAGUGGUGAAAUGUGUGCAAUGAAGGAGGUUACUAUGUUUACAGAUGAUGCCAAAUCUAUGGAAAGUGCUAAGCAGUUAAUGCAGGAAAUUCAUUUGUUGAGCCGUUUAAGACAUCCAAAUAUUGUGCAGUAUUAUGGUUCUGAAACAGUAGACGACAAGCUUUACAUAUACCUUGAGUAUGUAUCUGGAGGCUCCAUACAUAAACUUCUUCAAGAUUAUGGGCAGUUUGGUGAACUAGCUAUUCGUAGUUAUACUCAACAAAUUUUGUCAGGGCUUGCUUAUUUACAUGCUAAAAAUACUCUUCAUAGGGACAUCAAAGGAGCAAACAUACUGGUAGAUCCAAAUGGCCGGGUCAAGGUUGCGGACUUUGGCAUGGCAAAACAUAUAACAGGGCAAUACUGUCCUUUGUCAUUCAAAGGAAGUCCUUAUUGGAUGGCUCCUGAGGUUAUAAAGAAUUCCAAGGAGUGCAGCCUUGGUGUGGAUAUAUGGAGUCUUGGGUGCACAGUUUUGGAAAUGGCUACAACUAAACCUCCAUGGUCUCAGUACGAAGGGGUUGCUGCCAUGUUCAAAAUUGGUAACAGCAAGGAGCUCCCAACAAUCCCGGAACAUCUCUCAAAUGAAGGAAAAGAUUUUGUUAGGAAAUGUCUACAACGUAAUCCACGUGAUCGCCCUUCGGCAAGUGAAUUAUUGGACCACCCUUUUGUAAAAGGUGCUGCACCUUUGGAAAGACCUAUUGUGGUUCCUGAAGCUUCAGAUCCUAUUUCUGGAAUUACACACGGAACAAAAGCUCUGGGCAUUGGACAAGGAAGAAAUCUGUCUGCUUUGGAUACAGAUAAACUCUUUAUUCAUUCUUCCCGGGUUUUGAAAAGCAAUCCUAAUGAAAGUGAAACCCAUAUUCAAAGGAAUAUAUCUUGCCCAGUCUCUCCCAUCGGAAGCCCACUUUUGAGGUCAAGAUCACCACAUCAGAGAAGUGGGAGAUUGUCUCCUUCUCCUAUAUCUAGCCCUCGGACUGCUUCAGGUGCUUCCACGCCUCUCACUGGCGGCGGCAGUGGUGCCAUUCCAUUCAGUAAUCACUUAAAACAGUCUGUUUACUUUCAAGAGUGUCUUGGAAGCUUGCCGAAAUCCUCAAACUACAUUAACGGCUCCUCUCAUCAUGACAAUAUCGACAUUUUUCGAGGAAUGCAAAUCGGGUCUCAUAUUAAAUCAGAACUCGUCUCCUCCGAAAAUGAUGCUCUCACUAAGCAGUUUGUAAGGUCUCCUCAUCCAGAGCCAUAUGACUUUCAAUCGGUCUUGGCCGAUCGUGUUGGCCGGCAGCUGCUGGGAGAUCAUGUCAAGAUUAACCCAUCAUUUGAUCCAAACCCCAGCUCGUCGUUGCUCAACCGAACAAAUGGUUUAUGA